GGCAGCCGUCAUGGACUGACAGAGGUGCUAAGUUUUAAACUUCAGCUUGUUCAUCGCGCUGUAAAGACAGUUUAGCUUCCAACGUGGGUAGUGUUACAAAGACUGCUAAACUGGUCUGCUAAGGAGUUUGUAGCUCUUCUAUGCAUUAUGGCAGACCAGCUGAUUGCUAAUGUGAUAGAAAUAAUUGAUGGUGCCCACUUCCAUCGCCUGGAACUAACAGAACUUCAGCAAAAUUUACUUGAAGCAAAGGCACAGGUUACUGACAGUGGCCAGAAAACCAGGCAAGAACUUAAAGAUCAUUUUAUUAGACUGAAAAAGAAGCUGGAUGAAGCUUUAGACCUAAGAUUAUCUGAACUUCUAUCUGAGGUGGAGGAACUAGAAGCCGACUCUCUGCAGCCCUUAGAACAAUGUGGUGAUAUUAUAGAGCAGGGCAUUUCUACAGCAGCGAGGGUCAUGGAUGAAGGCAAACAACUGUUGGCUAAUAAACCUGAAGAUAAUGUCGAGCUGCUGUUAAAGUACAAAGAAAAUCCUGAUUCCAAAACAUUAAAUAGCCUUCCUGAAGUGCCCUGUUUGUCAGAUGUUCCUUACAUAUCAGCCGAGUUCCCCCCGUCCAGUGUAGAGAAGCACUUAUUAGAGUCUGUAGAGAAAGAGGGCAAAGUGAUAGGUAGAGCUCCUGUACAGAUCACAGAUAUAGAAGAGCUACCUGGCAGCUUAUUGGUCAAAUGGAGUGAGGUGGAUGAGGAUUCCCCAGUAGAUGUGAGUGAGUUUUGUCUUCAGUACAGCUAUGGUACCAUCAAGUCUAAUGAUGACGCCAAGGCAACUUUCCACACUGCGUACACAGGGCCAGACACUAUACACACUGUUAAACAUUUGCGGAUCAACACACCAUACUCAUUCCGUGUGAGCUGCAAGGGAGAAGGGGAGACAACCUGGGGGGUUUGGACUGUCCCCAAACAAGCAGUGACCACAAUUCCACAUUACCAAUGGACUGCUGGUACUGAUGGGUAUUCAACCAGUAAUGAGGACAAAACUGCAACAAGAACAGGCAGUUUACCUGGUCAAACCGUUGUGUUGUAUUCCAAAUCUCAGAGUUACAGAUGUGGUCACCCUGUUACCUUUAAAGUAUUAAAACUUGGAGGAGAGAGACCAGAGAAUGGAGUUGGUAUUGCUCUGUCUGCAAAUAACACUUCAACACUUGUGAGGGAAGAGGCUGUGUUCAUUUCAGCACAAGGAAAUGUGUUUGUGGAUGGCCAGGAAAUGAAAAACCGACUGCCACCAUUAAGCAAAGGUUUAAGUUUGACUGUCAAUACAGAAAUGUUAGCCAAUGGCAGAAUUCGUGUGAGUUCAUCAGUGAAAGAUAAGGAGGUGACAUUUGACUGGAAAAUAGAUGCUAGCUGCCCAUCUUCACCUAUUACAGGCCCAGGGGUUGACCCAAAAGUCCGGUUUUUAUAUUUUGCCACAAGCUCUGCCAAAGAAGAAUGGAAAAUUUCUGUUGAAUAGUGGAGGUUUAAGAUUAUGACUUGAAUUGUUUUAUUGUGUACUAUUUUAUUCCUGACAUGGUUUGAAUCUCAGUGACAAAUUCAUUUGCAUUGUAUGGUUCUUUUAUGUAUCAUGGUAUGUAUUCUGUGGGAUGUUGUUGUUGUUUUUGGAGGCAUAAACAAUCACUAUGGAAACGUGUGUGUUGUUGCCAUGCUAAUCCGAGGACCUAGAAAUCUGUUCCUUGUUUGAUUACACUAUCUGUCCAUAUCUCACCUGCUAACAUAAAUAAUACAUUGUUGAUGAAGUGUGAAUCAUAUCUUUGUGGCUCAACCUGUGAAACACUUGAUUACCUUGUGUGAAUAGAUUAAAUAUAUUUUGUUAACCUGGAAAUCCAAAUUAAAGUUGAGAAUGCAUGUAUAUAUGUACGGCAGAUCUUGUUUGUUUUAAAUGGCAUGCACACCUGACAUCUUGUUUAUCAUUUCAUCCACAUCGACCUAAAAGUAUAGCUGUUUGUUAUUUGCGCUUCACACAAUAAAACAUAAAUGCAUACAAAUUUAUACAUGUGAAGGUUUAUUAAGGUUUUAGAGUUGGAAUGAAAGUGGAUGUGAUUGCAGCCCUUCUAUAAGUAUCAUCAUGAUAGAGAUAUUUAAGUUUAUACUCCAGAUUAUUAAAGGAAACUGACCAUCCCCAAUUGUUUAAGGAAUGUGGUUUGAGUUUUUUGAGGGAGGGGCUGUGCAGCAGGGGAGAUUUCUAAUCUUUUACAGUUUUGUUGCUCAUUUUUCUUCUUUUCACUUACAUCAUACUCACAAAUUGUAACGAUACUGUAACAUUCAUUUUUGCUGGGGAUUUACUCUGAUUGGCAGACACUGUUGUUCAAGUUUGUUUUGUUAACUUUUGUUUAAGCUCCUGACAUUUGUGCACACAAAAUAAAUCUGUGCAAAACAAAAAAUUCAGCCUGGCUCACCUUCCAAACAGCCAAUCUGCAUUGAUUCUAUGUCUGUUUAAGUACCUAAAUCUCAGAUAUUUUAUUUUCCCCAUAUAAUGCAGUAUUGUGGUGUCAUUUUCAUUCUGGUACUGUUGUCCUGCUGACUCUACCUGUACUGUAUUAACACUUAAGUUGUUUGAGCUAACUCCGCUAUUUCAUAUAAACUCUUGCUUCCAUCUUUACCAGGUAUGUAAAUGAUUGCUGAGUGACGCUGUGAGAGUGAUACCCGAUAUUUUUACAGGUUAUGUGACUGAGCUACAUGUAAAAGCCUUCAAGAUUUUUUGUCUCUUUUUAUGGACAAAAUUCAACAGUGCCAUAAAUGUGUUACUCUGUGUGCUGAUAAUGGUGAAUUAUUGAAGGGAUUUUUCUUUGUUUGCAUAUGGUUAUGAUUAACAUUGAACUAAUACAGUUGAUCUCAGAUAUAUUUAUUUAAUCUUACAAGCAACUUGUUUGUGAAAAAAAAAGGUACACACAUGGGUUCAUUUAUUGUGUAAUGAAACGUAUUGAGCUUAAGGUUUACAUUUAUAGGCUUGCAAACUGUGUGCUAGUUACAUAAGCCUCAUGCUCUUCUCUAUCUUUUGUGUUUUGCCCCUAGCAUUGUGCUUUAUAGUGCUUCCAGAUUGGCCAUGCUUGGCCACUAACAUCUGCUUUGACAGUGAACCUUUACACUUUGGCUUACUGUACCUUGUAUUAUUAAGGGUGAUUGGCGAUUGUGAAAGAGUGAUCAAAUUUGAUCCUACAGGCAAAGCAAAGAAGGUGGAAAUGUUAACAAAUGGUUACAUUCUGGGGAUGGGAUGUAGUGUUAUUUUGUCAUUUUUUUAUGUCGUGUCACAUCCUGUACCUCUAUGGACACAAGCCCGACCUUUAUUUAAAGCCUUUGUCCUGUUCUUGCACUUCUCUUCUAGUUAAACAUGUGUACACACGGGUUAAAUUGAUGCAUCUGUAUUUACUGGAAAGCAAGUCUGUGUUAUUGUUCAGCUAUGCAAAAGAAGUUCUUGUAAUACAUCUUUGACAAAUGUUUCAGUCAUUUGUCAUUGUCUCACAUUCUCAAGCUGCCUUCACAAUACUCCUGAAGCCAAACUGUAUCCAUAUUAUUCAACCUUUUGCAUGUACAAAGGUCUCUAUUAAUGCAGUGUUUGAUUCCCAGUGAUAGGUUGAUAAUGUAAAACCACAUGAACAGUAGAAACUGAUUUUUGCACUUUAUAAGAUUAUAUCUUGGAUCAGUUUCGGCAAGAAUGCUAUCAAAAGUUAUCAAAAUGUAGACAAACGUUUUAGCAUAGUUUCAAUUUGACUGCAGGAUAACAUCACAUCUAGUCCUACCCAUAACAAAGGUAGAGCGGGGUGUGAGUUCUCAGUUAAAUGCCUGUGCUGAUUCAGUCACAUGAGAAUUUUGAAAAUUCUCCAGCCUUCACCCUUCUCUGUGUCUUGAUGGUAAUAUGGGCUGACAUUACUUGUAGAGCCAUAGGGGUGGUCUGAUAUGAAGUUCUUAUGAGAUCACUUUCCUUCCACCAGCAUGGCAAACACCUGAUGAGAUCACUUUCCUUCCACCAGCAUGGCAAACACCAUAUGAGAUCACUUUCCUUCCACCAGCAUGGUAUACACCAUAUGAGAUCACUUUCCUUCCACCAGCAUGGCACAACAUCUGCUGGCAAAACCUGUGCCUUUUGUGUGAGAAUGUUUGUCGGUAAUUGGCCAAGUUGUUCAUUCUGAGCAUUCUGAGGCUUCCUCCAGCCAUAAAACUUACCACAGUCCAAUGAAUAAAAUAUGAGAACAUUACCAAGCAAUUCAUGAGCUAAUCAGAACGAAGGCUGUUUAGUUCUACCUAACAAUUUGUGGCAUUUCUCAUUGAGUUGGUCAGUUCUCAGCAGUUUUUCUGUGUUAGGCAUGUCAUUUUAAGUAAGAUGGUUGUUUACUGUAACAUAUGGAAAGGUUAAAAUCUGAAGUUACAUAACAGUGCUGCACUGACGUAACCAUGACUUUUUUGCAUUAACUUUUAUUUAGUGUUCCCAGAACAUUCACAGCAAAUCUGAUUGAUCAAUACACAUUUAUUUUGUGUUUCAAUUUCAUAUAUACUGAAGUUCACACUUCUUUAACAGUUAUUGGCAAAGAACAAUGUUGUUUGAAAGAAUUUCUAGCAUGUUUACAGCUUUCAGCAAUGUUAUUACAGUUAUUGUCUGAUGUAUCCAUGGUAAUAAAAUGUGUACAGAAAACCUAGUUGGUGUGGUGUUCAUAUAUUCCUAGUAUUGAAGAGAAGUAUCAUAUUUUU